AUGCCAUGGAUCAAGACAGAGUUGCGACUGCUCCACCAGUCCACUACGCUCACCACCCUAUCCCUAGAGCCCGUCCGUGCGACAGCCCUCCUCUACUCAUACGGGCAUGCCCAACCCGUGCGGGGUUCAAUAUACGGCUAUUUCCACAGCUAUGGCCUUGCUGUACUCAUCUGCCGAACCUCAAUUUAUCGCUCCACAGGGCGCAAUGACAAGCUUUUGGAGAUGCACAAGCGCUCGCUCCACCUGCCUUGGAUUUAUACAACAACCUUUUGUCCCGUCACCUUUCUGUCAGCUGAAAAAGUCACU